ACUGAACUUUAAUGUGAAACAUUUAGUCAGAUAUCUUUUUAAAAAAAACAACUACCAGCAGUAGAAGUAUUAAAUAUUAUGAAGUAACGAGGAAGCAGCACAACAAGCAGAGAUACUGUAAAUGACACAACACUCGGGUUCAUGUUCUGCUUUACUGGAUGUUUCUGUCAGUCAGUAUUUAAUGAACUGUGUUACUUCAGUACAUGUUCUCCGGUGCUGUGUGUCUCUCGGUGUGUCUCCGUGUGUUCGGCAGCAGCGGGGUUAAACUUUAACUCCUGCGCUCGCGGACAGGAGGCGGAAGAGGUGUGUUUUCCUCGCUUCACGCACACUCACGCACGGACACAAACACGCACUCUGAAGUUAAACGACACCAAAGAGGUGAAGACGCGCUGAUAUCAGCUCCUCAGAGGGGAUUUAAAGAAGACCAACCGGAGGAAGGAGACAGAACCGAGCCGACAGCAGCUGGUUGAGCCUCAUCUGUGGACUCGGAACCGCGUUUUCACCCCGAGAGGAAAAGUGGAGCCGCAGCUCAGAGACGGAAACAACAGACACCGAGCAGACAGACAGAUGUCCCGCAGACCUCAGACCUCCACAUAGACGCAGGACCACAGGACUCAGACUCAGAUGGGGAACAGCAGCAGCGAUCGGUCCGGCGGGGCUCAGGGGGACCGGACCUACAGAGACGGACAGCAGGGCGGGAAGGAGGCUCGACCCAACAUCCUGAUGGACAGCUCCGAGGACACGGACCUGUUCCAGAGGGAUGACCCAAAGGCUCCACAGGAAAUACAGGAGUUCCUGGCCUGGCAGCAGGACCUGGAGAGUGACGGCAAGAGUCCGACACAGGCCAGACCGACCGUGUUCAGGUGGUCUGGAGUCGCCAAGGACGUCUUUGUGUCCGGCUCCUUUAACAACUGGGCCACCAAGAUCCCCCUGAACAGGAGUCAGAAGAACUUCGUGGCGAUUGUGGACCUGCCGGAGGGAGAGCACCAGUACAAGUUCUGUGUGGACGGACAGUGGACGCUGGAUCCUACUGGGGCCGUCAUGACGUCUAAAACGGGAACAAUUAAUAACGUCAUCCAGGUGAAAACAACUGACUUUGAGGUGUUUGAUGCCCUCAGGAUCGACUCGGAGGAUUCUGCAGACCUCUCAGACUUGUCCAGUUCCCCUCCUGGUCCGUACCAACAGGAUCCGUAUGUCAUCCGAUCAGAAGACAAGAUCAAAAAUCCUCCUUUUUUACCUCCACACCUGCUGCAGGUGCUGCUCAACAAGGACACAGGAGUCUCUUGUGACCCGACGCUGCUUCCAGAACCAAACCAUGUGAUGCUGAAUCACCUGUACGCCCUCUCCAUCAAGGAUGGGGUGAUGGUUCUCAGCGCAACACACCGAUACAAAAAGAAGUAUGUGACCACUCUUCUCUACAAGCCAAUAUAAUCCACAGAGCCAUGAGCCGGACUCUUAUUUUGAAAUGAUAAUAACGUGUUGUUGCUGCUACUUGGAGUGUUUUGUUAAAAGUGGACCUAAAUAUUCUCCCAAUGUUUUUACCUUCUUUCUCUUUAAUUUGCCGCCCAAUGAUGUCGAUGUAUGAUCCAUAAUAAUGAGAGUUUAAAGCUUCCUGUCUUAUAAGUUAGUAUCAAUCAGAAACUGACAGAAGACACAAGAAACACACGUGAAUGUUUUUAUUUGAAUGCUGAACUGAUUGGUACAGAUCUGUCUGUAGAUUUGUAGUUACACAUGAUGCACAAACACACAACACAUGAUUUUGAUUAUUCUUUAAAGGAACAGUUCACCCACAAAUGAAAAUCCAGUCAUUUCAUGUUGUUUUGGUUGUUUUUUACAUUUUAAAUCAAGUUUCAGCUGCUUCAGUUCUUUAGCAGAACACUGCAACUCUGUUUUACUGUGAAGCUCCAGAACUGUUCUGUGGACUACAACACCUCAAAGAAAUGAUGCUCCUCAUAUGUGCAAUAUUUUAAGUUGUCUUCAGUAUCACAGUGAUCAGUGACAGUUGUCUGUACAUCCACAGAUUCACUGCUAACAGGAAAUGCUAAGAGCAAAUUCAGCAAAGUUUGAAUGUAGUUUUAGAGAAUUUUAUGAUGUUUUUUUCUUAAGUUUUAGUCCCCAGAUACACCCGACUUUCCAUCAGCAUGGAGGGAGGAGAUGUUGACUGGAUUUGUAUUUCUAAGUGAACUGUUCCUUUAACUGACAGUAAACAUCAUAAGAGACUGUGACUGGAUGGUGAGAUCAGCUCAGCUGUAACCUGCUACAGAAGCUCUGCAGACACGAGGACACAGAGAAUCUCACUUCCUGUUUUUGAUCAAGUUAAACAUGUUUUUAUAGAAUCAAACUUCUUUUCAAUCAGGUUUUGUUUAAAAAUCAUGAAGAAAUUAAACUUUUUAAAGAUAAA